GCUCACAGCAGACCACAAAUACAAAUAAAAAAAUUAAAAAACAAAAAACAAAAUAAAAAACAGCCAGACAAGCCAAAUCUGCUUUUUAACUUGCACAUGAUAUCUUUUCUCUCCGUCGUCGUUUGCGCCAUCGUCUAGAGUCUCCGCUUCGCCGUGCGGCGUCACUUCGUGGGUUCCUUUUUGAUCUCCGAAUUGCUCUGUUUUGAUCGGUAAAUGCAUGGUGUUGUCUCAUUGAAAAAGUGACAAGAUACGCACCUUUUUACACCGAGUAAAUGGCUUCAGUGGGUGUGGCACCUACUUCUUGCUUGAGAGAAUCAAGUGGCCACACUGGAGGUGUAGAUAAAUUACCUAAGGAGAUGAAUGACAUGAAAAUUAGGGAUGACAAGGAAAUGGAAGCUACAGUUGUUGAUGGUAAUGGAACCGAGGCAGGUCAUAUAAUAGUCACAACCAUUGGCGGUAGAAAUGGUCAGCCUAAACAGACAAUAAGCUACAUGGCUGAGCGCAUUGUCGGACAAGGAUCAUUUGGAGUUGUCUUUCAGGCCAAGUGUUUAGAGACAGGCGAGACUGUGGCAAUAAAGAAGGUUCUUCAGGAUAGGAGAUACAAGAAUCGUGAGCUCCAAACUAUGCGUCUUCUUGACCAUCCAAAUGUUGUCUCUUUGAAGCAUUGCUUCUUUUCAGCAACUGAAAAGGAUGAACUUUAUCUUAAUCUGGUUCUGGAGUAUGUCCCUGAAACUGUUCAUCGCGUGAUCAAACACUUCAACAAGUUGAACCAGAGGAUGCCAAUGAUAUAUGUAAAACUUUAUGCAUAUCAGAUCCUUAGGGCUUUGUCUUACAUUCAUCGCAGUAUUGGAGUGUGUCAUCGGGACAUAAAACCUCAAAAUCUUUUGGUAAAUCCACAUACUCACCAGGUUAAACUAUGUGAUUUUGGAAGUGCAAAAAUCUUGUUGAAAGGGGAACCAAAUAUAUCUUAUAUCUGCUCCAGGUAUUAUAGAGCACCUGAGCUUAUAUUUGGUGCAACCGAGUACACCACAGCCAUUGACAUAUGGUCUGCUGGCUGUGUUGUGGCGGAGCUGCUGCUUGGAAAGCCUCUUUUUCCUGGUGAUAGUGGAGUUGACCAGCUUGUGGAGAUUAUUAAGGUAUUGGGCACUCCUACCAGGGAGGAAAUAAAAUGCAUGAAUCCCAACUAUACUGAGUUUAAAUUCCCUCAGAUUAAAGCGCAUCCCUGGCACAAGGUAUUCCCCAAACGCAUGCCUCCAGAAGCUGUUGAUCUGGUCUCAAGACUACUACAAUACUCUCCCAACUUACGAUCCACCGCUGUGAGUAAAAGAAAGUUAGAUGCUCUGAUCCAUCCGUUCUUUGAUGAGCUACGUGACCCUAACACUCGCUUGCCAAAUGGACGUUUCCUUCCGCCAUUGUUUAACUUCAAAUCACAUGAACUGAAGGGUGUCCCUGUGGAAAUCUUGGUGAAACUGAUACCAGAACAUGCCAGAAAGCAAUGCCCCUUUCUUGGUCUAUGAGAGAUGAGGUGAAGUGGAAUUUAACAAAAUCACACACAAGUAUGUAUCAGUUUUUCAUGUAUGGAAGAUGAACCCUAAAAUGUUUCUACUUUGUAAUUCCUCUAUCUAUUGUAUGCUAUUUGUCUUGGCCUCCUUUCUUAGAUGUCUUAUGUUGUAUCACUAUUGCCUUGUUAUUAUCUUCACUACCAUGUAAAAGCGAAUGUAGAGUGACUCUUACUACUUGAAGCAAGCCUAAACUUAAACCUCAAUAUGGGUAUUUUAAUAUGCCUUGUUCUUGAUCA